CUUAGUCAUUGUCAACAUGUCUCAAUGUUUGGACAUGUUGUCUGUUCUAACACUAGUGUUAUUAUGUGGUUUUGCUCACGGUCUCUUUAGGGUAGACCCCCUAGUGAACACUAAAGGAGGCCUCAUACGAGGUUUGAGGUCUGAAAAUGGGUACGCCAUGUUUUUGGGGAUCCCUUACGCUGUGGUGAAUAAGGAUAAUCCUUUUGGGCCUUCAGCACCUCAUCAAGGUUUUGACGAUGUCUUUGACGCGUAUGAGUCAAAUAUCUGUCCUCAACUUAGAAAUGGUGUCCCAGCUGGUACCUUAGAUUGCCUCACCUUAAAUGUCUACGUGCCAAGUGCAGCUACCACCAAAACCCCCUUCCCAGUCAUGGUAUGGAUCCACGGAGGUGGUUUCAUCGGAGGAAGCUCAAGCCAAGAUAGCGGACCAGAUUUCUUACUCCGAAAUGACGUCAUCGUUGUAGCAAUCAACUACAGAGUUGGAGCUUAUGGCUUCAUGUGUUUAGAUAUGCCAGAAGUAUCUGGAAACCAGGGUCUCAAAGAUCAAGUAUUAGGUCUGAGAUGGAUCAAAGAGAAUAUAGAAGCUUUUGGAGGUGAUGCUAACCAGAUAACGGUGUUUGGUGAAAGCGCUGGUGGGAUGUCCAUUAAUCUUCAUCUGCUGUCUAAUUAUGAAAGUUUAUUCCAUCGAGCAAUUAUUCAGAGUGGACCAGCUGUCAGUCCUUGGGUUUCAAGGGAUGUGAAUAACACAAUACCUCUCAGUUUGGCUGAAGCAUUGGAGUAUAAUGCUGAAAGUGUAGCUGAUGCUAUAGAUUACCUUUCGACAAUUGACCCACAUACACUAGUAAAGACAGCAGCUGAACUUAAAUUAACUGAAACUGAUGAUGCUGAUAACCCUCGCACUUUACCUUGUAUUGAAACUUAUACUGAAGGCGUUGAACAUUUUAUGACACAGCAUCCUAAGAACAUCAAAUCAGCGAAAGUUGCAAACACUCCUAUAAUCAUUGGUAACAACAAUAAUGAAAUGCCAUUUGAAUAUGCUCUUCAGAAAGACGAAUUUUUCGACAACUAUGACUUUACUUAUUUACUGCCAAGUAACAAUAUUAAAAAUAUAAUUUUUGUUUUUAGAAACCCAACACCAGAAACAUCAGAUCUUCUCCCAGAGAAAUGGCUGCCCAUCACGAAGACCACACAGCCGUUCCUUGACAUGGACGCUGACGUCACCAUGGGCGCCAGACCUUUCCACGAAGCUAUGGCUUUCUGGGACGUCUUCUAUAAGCUGCAUAGCAAGCAACAUAAGUAUUAUCAGGAUCCUGAAGAGUAAAAUAAUGUAAAUACUAGAUAAUUUUAAACAAAAACACAGUUAAGAAUAAUGCAAUAAUGAAUAAAGAUAUUUUGAUAAUUUCA